AUGUCAUUUCUAAAAGAGCUGCCCGACUGGAACAAUCUCAAGGUCAUUCACAAGGGCACUCUUCCGCCACGAGCCCACUUCUAUUCAUACAGCUCAGAAGAAGCCGCGCGCACGUUGGCCCGCGAGAAGAGCGAGUACGUGUCACUCAACGGCACUUGGAAAUUCAGACAUGAUGCGUCGCCUUUUGAGGCACCAGAAUGGUCCUGCGUGGACCCCUUGAACUGGGAUGACAUCAAAGUCCCGGGAAUGUGGCAGCUCCAAGGAUACUCGCAUCCGACCUACACCAAUGUCAAUUAUCCAUUUCACGUCAACCCCCCAGAAGUACCCGCUCUAAACGAAACAGGAUCAUACUGGAGACAGUUUGUCACGCCCUUGAAAUGGGACGGGCAACAGAUUCGCAUCCGCUUCGAGGGUGUGGAUAGCGCAUUUCACCUCUGGGUUAAUGGGGAGCUUGUUGGCUACUCCCAGGGCUCACGCAACCCUAGCGAGUUUGAUAUCACAUCCAUGCUUCUCGCUGCCAGUUCCGUUAAUACUGUGGCGGUGCGCGUGUACGAGUUUUGUGAUGGAUCAUAUAUUGAGCGCCAAGACCAGUGGCUUCUAAGUGGCAUCUUUCGGGAUGUCGGCUUGGUUUCAUUCCCGUCAGACUCAGUUAUUGACUUCAACGCUGUUGCCACCAUUGAGGAUCCCGCAAGGGAUCACACUGUGGGUCGGCUGAUCACCAACGUCAAAAUCCAAGGCAAAAUUGGCAAUGUCCAGAUUAAGCUGUAUCACCCCAAUGGCAAGUUACUGCAGGAAUCAGAAUUCCCAUCGACCGAUUCUAGUAUCAUUGAGGUCUCAAGGAGCGACCUGAAAUUGUGGUCAGCUGAAACCCCUGACCUCUAUACCUUGCUUAUCUUUUUCAACGGGCGGACAAUUCCCCAACGUAUUGGUUUCCGACGCAUCGAGGUCAUCAACUCAAACUUCUUGGUUAAUGGAGAGCCCGUCAUCCUGUAUGGCGUGAACCGCCAUGAGCAUCACCAUCUCUAUGGUCGAGCGGUGCCCUACGAAAACAUGCGUGCAGACCUUAUCAUGAUGAAGAAGCAUAACAUCAAUGCACUGCGAUGUUCUCAUCAGCCAAAUGAUCCCAGGCUCUACGAGGUCUGUGAUGAAUUAGGCCUCUAUGUAAUGGCCGAAGCAGAUCUCGAGUGUCAUGGCUUCGAUCCAGUGGAGCGAUCUAAAAUUCCAAACCAGCACCUCAUGACUGAAUACGAAAUUCAAGAAAUGUCAUACAAGAUGGCAACGAAAUGGACAUCUGAUAACCCGGAUUGGAAGGAUGCUUACCUCGACCGCGUGAUACAACUGGUGCAACGGUUCAAGAAUUUCUCUUGCAUUAUCAUGUGGUCACUCGGUAAUGAGGCAUUCUACGGAAGAAACCAUGUCAGUAUGUAUGAGUGGAUCAAAGACGCGGACCCGACACGUCUAGUUCACUAUGAAGGAGACAGGGAUGCUCUUAGCGCAGACCUGUACUCUGCCAUGUACUGGAGUGUAGACGCGCUCAAAAAGCAUGUUGCAGAGAAAAGUGACAAGCCUUUGAUCCAGUGCGAGUAUGGUCAUGCCAUGGGCAAUGGCCCCGGGGGCUUGAAAGAGUACAUUGAAGCUUACCGCACCGAAAGGCUUCUCCAAGGAGGUUUCAUUUGGGAAUGGUGUAAUCAAGGCCUUCUGAAAAGAGAUGGAGAUAUGUCUUACUACGCCUAUGGUGGUGAUUUUGGAGACGAGCCCAAUGACGCAGACUUCAUUCUUGAUGGGAUGGUAUAUUCUAACCAUACGCCUACCCCCGGAUUGAUCGAGUAUAAAAAAGCCAUCGAGCCAGUAACAGUGACACUGCAGGAGACGGGAAGACAUUUAAAAGUUAUGAAUCACUACGACUUCAAUACUCUUGAUCAUCUGGCCGUGACAUGGCAUCUUGUCAGGGAAACUGGAAGCACGAGCCCAAAGUCGUUGGACAUACCGUUCACUGAACCUGGAACUUCUGCUCUUGUUGUGCUCCCAGAAGGUGUGAGCCUUACUUCUGAGCCAACCUGGCUAACAGUCAGGUUUUGUUUGAAGGAGGCUACGGCUUGGGCGCCAAGUGGACAUGAGAUUGCCUGGGCACAGAUUUUCCUACACGAAGAACGGAAACUGUCAAUUCCUCUGGCAUUGAGCUCACCGGGCUCCGUGAUGACUGUUCGCGAGGGCCCGGGAAGACUAUACGUCACCUCGACGGGGUUUUCCUCUCAGUUCACUUACGACCUUAUCAGGGGCGAUCUGUCGUGGUCCACUAAUGCGGGCACGGUCUUAAAAAGCGGGCCACAGCUAGGAAUAUACCGCGCCAUGACACAGAAUGAUCUGGGCCCAGCAGGCCCUUGCGUUGAGUGGGAGAGCUUCCGUGUGAAGAGCACUCGCAUGCUCAUCCAGUCCGCAGCAUGGGAUGUGAAUGAAGACGGAAAUGUAUCUAUCAAGACAAAAGUCCGAGUCGCACCAACAGUCCUGGAGUGGGCAAUGGAAGCAACGCUCAAUUACACAAUCACAGAGUCAUCUGUGAAUUUGCACGUCAAUGGCGAGUUCACUGGCACACAUCCAAAAUACAUCCCCAGACUUGGACUCACACUUCGACUACCCCGUCGAUAUGACUCAGCCACAUGGUUCGGCAGGGGUCCCGGAGAAUCUUACCGUGACAAGAAGCGCGCGGCUCGAUUCGGCACAUACACGGCUUCCCUUGAUACUGGUCUCCAGACACCAUACGAGUGGCCCCAGGAGAAUGGUAAUCGCAUGGAUACGCAUUGGGUGCGUCUCCAUUCCUCGCCUCCUGAUACUUCUUAUUCUGCUUCCGCUGGUGCAGAUCCAGCCUUCCCCGAGAUGAAGGCUACGAUGGAUAGACCUUUCAAUUUCUCGUUGCGGAAGUAUAGUACAGCGGAACUAGAUCGCGCAAAACACCCCCAUGAGCUAUCUGAGCUCAAAAAUGAGACUGAAUUGAACAUCGACUAUGCGCAUCACGGAAUCGGGACAGCAAGUUGUGGUCCUGGUCCUUUUGAAGGUCAUCGAUUGGAAGCCGGACCAUUUGAUUUUACCGUUAAUUUCAAGCUCAUGGAAAGUUAA